ACGUGACCAGGCGAAGCGGCCUCUCCUCCUCCUCCUCCUCUCUCGGUCCUUCCUUCCCAGGGUUCAAUGAGCGUUGUGUGGCCCCACCCCGUCUCUCUAAAAGCGCUGUCUAUCUGUUCAAUGUAGGCUACUAUUCUCGGAGAGAGAAAGCAAGAGAGAACGGGAGAAAAUAAUAACCUCCAAGAAUCGGGUAUUCCCGUCUUUCACCUUCCUCGACCAGCGACCAGGAGGGGAGCGGCCUUCACGGUGGGAAUGUGCUGCUACAACAGCCCCGCGUCCUACUUUUUGUGAAUGGAUUCACCGGAGUCGAGCCAGAAAUUAAGAAAAAAAAAGUCUAUCGGUGCGCAGUUUUGGAGGCUUGGUGGUGAUGUGAGGGGCUGAUAACACAUUUCAGCAACAAAAGCGAGGGGCAGAGAGAGAGAAGGCCCUUUGGAGGAGAAAACAGCAAGGAACAGCCAUCACAUAUAAGGAGGACAAUUCGGAGGGGGGAUACUAGAUCGUUUCGGAUUUGGAGGUGGCGAGGGAUCAAGACGAAAAGACAACCGCAGUGAGUUUGGGGCUGAUUUGAUGCAGAGAAUGAAAAAGAGCCGGAUGACGACGGAAGAAGCGAGAAUGCCACACAUGUAGCUCGUUUGGGUGUAAAUAUUAUUUUCCUUACAGCUGUCCUGCUGGGUCCCCGAUGAAGACAGCCGUCGGGGAGACAGAAAAAUAGAUAUAGAGUCUAAGUAUAAACCCAUGGAAAUGUUUGUCAUGAAAAGCGACGUGGAAACGAGCGGCGCUACAGCACUGGCGAGCUUUGCGGACACGCCGAGUUCGGCUCCUUGUCACGGGCAGCUGUGAGACGCAAGACCCGGGCUUUUGGAGAUGCAAAUUAGGCUGUUUUUUCUGCCUCCGUUUGAGGUGAACCGCCGUUUUUGUGUCUUAUAGCGGACAUUGUGGAUUACAAGUCUUUAUCUUACACGGCUGAAGGGGGGGACGAGUUUGGAAAAACGAAACACAAACUGCUGCAUAUAAAAGGGAAAAGCCCGAGCCGGAUUCAGCAAACUGAGAAGGCGGCCUCCGUGUCGUCAGCAACAGUAUCCUGCCCUUUCUCUGACAGCAAAAUACGCGUUACGGACUCUUAAAUCUCUACAGAGGGGCGCCACGGACCUUAAACGGUGUAAAUAUGGGUUGUUUGGGCAACAGUAAGACCGAAGACCAGAGAAAUGAGGAGAAGGCUCAAAGAGAAGCAAACAAAAAGAUAGAGAAGCAGCUCCAAAAGGACAAACAGAUCUACAGAGCAACACACAGACUACUACUUCUAGGAGCUGGAGAGUCGGGAAAGAGCACCAUAGUGAAACAGAUGAGGAUCCUACAUGUCAACGGCUUCAAUGCAGAAGAGAAGAAGCAGAAAAUCCAGGACAUUAAGAAUAAUAUUAAAGAGGCUAUUGAGACCAUAGUAACAGCUAUGAGUACCCUAACCCCACCUGUCCAGUUGGCAUGUCCAGAAAACCAGUGCCGGAUUGAAUACAUCCUCAACUUUGUCAAUCAGAAGGACUUUGAUUUUCCAUCUGAGUUUUACGAUCAUGCAAAGACACUGUGGCAAGACGAAGGCGUCCGGGCUUGCUAUGAGAGAUCCAAUGAGUACCAGCUAAUCGACUGUGCACAGUACUUUCUAGACAAGAUCGACAUUGUGAAACAGAGUGACUACACUCCAACAGAUCAGGAUUUGCUGAGGUGCAGAGUACUGACUUCAGGGAUCUUUGAGACGAGAUUCCAAGUGGACAAAGUUAAUUUCCAUAUGUUUGAUGUCGGCGGUCAAAGGGACGAGCGCAGGAAAUGGAUUCAGUGCUUUAAUGACGUAACAGCCAUCAUCUUUGUGGUGGCCAGUAGCAGUUACAACAUGGUGAUCCGAGAGGACAAUCAGACCAACCGUUUACAGGAGGCCCUCAACCUCUUCAAGAAUAUCUGGAACAACAGGUGGCUGCGGACCAUUUCUGUCAUCUUGUUCCUAAAUAAACAGGACCUGCUUGCAGAGAAGGUGUUGGCAGGGAAGUCCAAAAUCGAAGAAUACUUCCCGGAAUUUGCUCGCUACACCACACCUGAUGAUGCGACGCCAGAACCUGGAGAAGAUCCGCGUGUUACAAGGGCAAAGUACUUCAUCAGAGAUGAGUUCCUGAGGAUCAGCACAGCAAGUGGAGAUGGAAGGCACUACUGUUACCCCCAUUUCACCUGCGCCGUUGACACGGAGAACAUCCGCCGCGUAUUUAACGACUGUCGAGACAUCAUCCAGCGGAUGCACCUGCGGCAGUACGAGCUGUUGUGAUGGGAGAGGAAAGGUGUUAGGCCAAAAAGAUCGGACUAUGGAAAACGAAAAGCAAAUCCCUGAACCUGCGUCUCUGAACUCUUCUGCAAAAGUAUGAGAGCUCUUGUGACACAACAGGGGCCACAACACACACGCACUUAUAGUAAACACGCCGUGAACCCAGAACUUCCCCUGAUGCAAACUCUCUACCUGAUGCAGAAUUUUUUGAUGGAUGGGUUUGAGGGGCUUACACGUAAAACAGACUUCAAUCUUGACUUUCAGCCAUACUCCCAGCCCUUUCGACAUUAUGUUAUCGUCACGUUACCUUCACCUUCCUAAAAACAAAAAACAAAAAAAGAGUGGCCCAGUCCGGACUGAGUUUCCUGCAGCGAGGGUUGGAGCUGCAGUUUGAGUUUUGUUCCCUUUUUUUUUUUUUUUUUUUCCCCCUGAUUGGGCUGAAAACUAAGAGCUACUACUUCAGUGCAAUUGGGAAAGAGAUGAAUUACUGCAAAUGGAGAAUAAAUAUAUCACAGCAGAUCAACUGAACACUGUAUUUAAGAGAGACGGGGGGGGAAAAAAAACAAGCACUGUGCUCAGGACUUUGACUCAAACCAUGUACACCAAACCUUCCUUUCACUUAGAGACAUCUUUAAAUCCAGCGGCUCUGCUUGCGCGCACACACAACAUAUCUCACCUGCUUUUUACUGGACUGCACAACGGGGUCAAUCUGGCGACGCACGUACCUUCCGACGUUUCGUUGAGAUGCCGGCUAAUUUAUCUGGGUCGGUGCUUUUUGAGAUUAAAUGGGCGGAGCUCGGCUCAGCCGAGCCCAGAGGAGCAGCGUUACCACAGACUUAACCGGACCACGGGUGUGUUGGUGAGACUUCACUUGAGCAGGUGUUCACUAAAACGAGACGGGAGCCGACUGCGAUUUGAAUUUCUCUGAUGGGAGGUGUCUGCCGUGAUUGACCGGGGCGCCAGCGGCUUCUCUACAGAACUGUUUUGCCACCUGACUUUGCCUUGUUGGUAUCGGAGCAUCACGUGAGGAGGAUAUAUUGAGUUUAAAACAAUAAGAACCAGAAAUGCCAACUUCUAUGGAACUUUCAAUGGAGGGCGACGGGCAUCCUUCAACAGUACAGUACCAUAUAAGUUAAAGAGAACUCUCAUCCUGUUGUACUGUCUCCACAGCUGUUUUUGUCUGUGUAGACUUUUGUGCCAUUGUGCCCUGUGCGCUCUUUCUUUAUCUCAACUCUUUCUGUCAUUCUUUUGUCACCCAUUCUCUACACGUUCUCCAUCUUUCGCCCACCCUCUUCACCGCCACCUUUUCCAUUUGCACUUUUACCUUCCUGGGAGUGCUCUUUUGUUUUAAAGAGAAAAUAAGAUAUAUUAAUCUUGGAAUAUUAAAAACACAACAAAUGGGACUCUAUUUUUAUUUUUUUCCGCCCCCACCUGUGUGCUCGCACCUCCCUGCCAUUCCUCCCUCCACCAUUCCUCCUCUCCUCUCUUGCUCCUUUGUAUGUCUGUCUUUACUUUACUGCUGAACUAUUAUUCUUGUACAGACUGUAAAAUGUAUUAUUUUGUACAACUUUAUUGAGGAAAAAAUAACUUUUAGAAGAUCCCUGUGCCUUGAUCACGACUGUACGUGUGUAAUGAGCUAAAGUGGGUGUCAUACUGCGCUGUAUAGCUUGGCCAA